AUGGCCAACUACAUGUCCGUCCCUAUCAUCGAGGAGUUUGUCAUGCGCCUUAGGGAGGGCGGGUCCAACUAUUUAGACAACAUGGGAGCAAUGCUGUCUAUCAUUCUCACUUAUUGCUUUCCCGCCACUCAAGGAUUCGGUGUUUCUUCUAAGCAAAAUGAGAACAACAAUCCACAAUUUGCCAUCUCUCGUCUCCGGUUUGUCGCUCCGGGAGUUUGGAGUGGUUUCGUUGAUCAUACAGUGAUCUUAGCCAAGAACCCAACGGAUACCCAACAGCAAGUCUUGGAGCAGCUCAUGGCCGCACUCGAUAAAUCCCGCCCUGAGAAGGGCCGGUGCUGGGCAAUUCUGGCUAUGGACAUGCAACUUCGGUUCUAUGAAUACCACAACUACCUUGAUAAUGAGAACAGGCUCCGACUCUGGGCUCCACCUGGCGUCAAGCGCUCGAGUUUCGACAUCGAGUACGAUGACAAUAUGAUCGACUGGGUGUUUACCCACAUGAGACAACACAAUGAGCCCCCGGCGCAAUCUGCAAUUCUUUGA